AUGAUUGUGACGCGGGACGACGGAGUGGUCGGUUCAUGCGUGGAGACAGAGGCGCGGGCGUUCGAGCAGCCGCGUGUGCAAGUGCAGCAGGCGGCCCUCAUUGCGAUACAAGCCGCCGGAAUCACGGUCGACGCGACGAAGUUCGGAUACGCGUUAACAUCUAUUGGGCCGAAUUACACUGCCGAGGUGCGAGAUAUCAUUAUGAAUCCGCCUGCGGAGCACGCGUAUGAGACGCUGAAGACAGAGUUAGUCAAGCGUCUGAGCUUGUCACAGGAGCAUAAGACCUGGAGGCUCCUGGAACACGAGGAGAUUGGAGACCGCAAGCCGUCGCAAUUUUUGCGACACCUCCGCGGCCUUGCCGGAAACGUGACGCAAUGCGCGAGCGAUCCCGGGGCCUUGGAAGCUAGAUUGGAGGUGCAACUGGCCCAGAUGCGGCUGGCCAUGCAACAGGAGAUGGCGGAGCAGCUGACGGCCAUCCGGAAGUCGAUCGAGGCGAUCGGUGACGGUCGAUACCGAGAAGAUGAUCGACGUCGUUCGCGCCCUCGUUCGCGUUCGCGUUCGCGCCCGCGAGCGCGAUCCAGCAGCCAUGGUCUACCGGCCAGCGGCGUAUGCUGGUACCACUGGCAAUUCGGAGUGGAAGCACGACAGUGCAGAGCAUCCUGCUCCAUGCAACAGCAGGGAAACGCAGGAGCCGGUUGUUAG